AAAAAAGGUUUUUGCUGUGGCAGACACUUACUGGUGGAGUCUCUUCUGAAGUCAAGGCAGAGUGACAUACCCAGAAACAUCGAAAUAAAUGAGGACUGUAUCUGAAAAUGUUAAAAGGUGCAGAUGAGAUUGCCCCACAUCGUGAUUUUACACCACUGAUUGGAAUGAGCUGGGAUAUUAAUGAUAUCAACCUUCCUCAGGAUGUGAAGCAGACAGACAGCUUCCAGGAAUGGACAGAUUCCUAUGAGAAGUACAUUUACAGCUCUAAUGCCAAACAUGCACAGAGACAUUUGAGUGGCUGGGCCAUGAGAAACACCAACAACCACAAUGCUCGCAUUCUGAAGAAAUCCUGUCUUGGUGUGGUAGUCUGCAGCAAUGACUGCACAACAAUGGAUGGGAGUAAAAUACACCUGAGGCCCGCCAUCUGUGACAAGGCCAGGCAAAAGCAACAAAAAAAAGGAUGCCCAAAUUGCCAUGCUCCUCUGACUCUAUUGUGCUGUAGAGGUCACGGGGGAUAUCCUGUCACCAACUUUUGGAGACAUGAAGGAUCUUAUAUAUUUUUUCAGUCCAAAGGACUGCAUGAUCAUCCAAAGCCUGAAUCAAAAUUAGAAGCUGAGGCAAGAAAAUCAGUUUGCAGAAAACGUACAAGUAUCUCAUUAAAAUCACCAAGUCUCAAAAGAACCCAGGAAUCAGAGCCUUUUGCAGGUAUAAUGCCAAGCCAAGAAGCAUUUUACCCUGCCAUUUCACCCCAUUUAGGAGACCACUUCCAGAAAGAGAUUGCAGACAGUCUUUGCAUCCCUUACCCAAGCGGUUUCAACUUUGGGAAAACUCCUUACACGGUUGACGGCUCAGCUGACAUGGACGACAUUGGCAGAUACUAUAGCAGAUGCCUACAAUAUACAGCUGGAAACUACGGUUCGGGGAACUUCACUGGAAACAUGAAAACCUGCGAUUCUAACUAUGAAUACGGGGACAACUGGAGUAGGAUUAUCAACUCGCUGAAUGCAUGCACAAGCAAGCCCAUCCUUGGCUAUGCACAGGGUUCUGGAAGCUAUCCUUAUGAAGCAGCGGCUUCACAAAACUUCCUAGAUACUCCAUUACAGAAUAAUUACACCAUGGUGUCAGAAAAAAGAGCUGCUCUCGCAGGAUUUAAGCAGGACUUUGAGCAGAAAUGGGGUGAAGACAGCUGUGAAAAGAAACAGACCUGGAACUGUAAGAACAGUUGUAUUACUGCUGCCGAAUUUGAACUUUGUCAGGAAGAUCCAUGUUUUGAGAAGAAUAAUUUAAGCCACCCUUUUUUCUGAAACAAAAUAUGCAAAUAUUGGCAUUGAUAUGCAGUAGAUGAUAUAAUUUACUAAGCAGAUUAAGCUAUAAAGUUAGUGGCCCUUUGGGACCUUGAUUCUGGUUUAUAACAUUAUUUAACUUCAUUUUUUUGAUAGAGAUGCGCUGGAGAAUGAAGUCCUCUCUAUUUAUAUACAUAGAGUAGGGAUAGCAUGAACUGCAGAUAUGUUGCCUAUUUUCAAUUUCUACCAAAUGUGUCAUGGACUGCUGUCUGCUGAAAAUCAAGCAGAAACUACCAAACUCAUUUCAAACCCAGCACCCAAUAGACACAUACACAAAGUUAAUGUUAGGUAGUCAAAGCACUAAUUACUGUCUGUAAAACCAGCCAUUAAAUAAGUGUUGGAAAUUGUGGUAUUACUGUACACAUUUAAGUAUUAGUAAGUAUUUAAUUCCGAUAAUGUAAAUAUUUAUCUGUGAUAAAUUCUACACUUAUUUAUAGGAACUGUCUAUCACAUAUUAUAAUGUGUUGGUAAGUUUUUGUUUUCUCUUAUAUACUUCUUCUCAUUGAGCCAUCUUCUCUAUGAUUACAAAACAUACUUGCCAGUAAUGCUCUAGCAGGCAGAUAACAUGCUUUUCAUUUUCUACGAAACGACAAGAUGAGUUCCCAGUAUAGCAAGUACAGUACUAAACUGUAUUGUAAACAUAGUCCUAAGAUUUAAGGUGGGAACCAGUAUUUAUAUAGUCAUUAAGGCUUUCAUUUGUACCAUUAUUAUUAUUUUUUUUUUUUACUCAACACAUUCCAUAAUUUUGUAAACUCUACUGUAUUGUUACUGUUGUCAAACAAAUAAACAAAUUACACUUCAAAUUCAAUAGAAAUUUCCAUUAAACACAACAUGAAAUAUAAAUA